GACCUUUCUAUGCUGGUGAGCUCAUACUGUAGAUGACUUAUAGAUGACACAAUGAUGCUCAGGGUUUUGUUUGUGAUGCUGCUGCCAGCAGCGACACAUCAGUCCCCGCGGCCAGCAGACUGCAGUGACGUGUACAGGGCCGGCUCAGGCCAGGACGGCGUGUACACCAUCUACCCAGCAGGCCCCACCUCCCCUGUGCAGGUCUACUGUGACAUGAGCAGAGACGACGUUGACGGUUCUGCUGAAAAGUGGACGGUCAUUCAGAGAAGACAAGAUGGUACUGUAAACUUCUUCAUGAAGUGGGAUCACUACAAAGCUGGGUUUGGGAGCGCUGCUGGAGAGUACUGGCUCGGGCUGGAGACGAUGCACCUGCUGACUCAGGCCAAGACCUACGAGCUGAGGGUGGACAUGGAAGACUUUGAGGGUCAGAAGGUCUUUGCCCACUACUCUUCCUUCUCUGUAGGUCCGGAGUCAGAGGGAUACAAACUUAACCUGGGGGCUUUUGUCAAAGGGGCAGCAGGAGAUUCUCUAAGUGGUCACAAUGGAAAAAAAUUCACCACCACGGAUAAAGAUCAAGAUGAUCAUGGGUCUAACUGCGCCCGGCUGAGCUACGGAGGAUUCUGGUACUAUUCGUGUUUCGGCGCCAACCCUAAUGGCAUUUACACCUGGGGACCUUCACCUCAGGCGGCUGGCGUGCAGUGGAGGACUUUUAAAGGACUUGAAUACUCCCUAAAAACUUUGGUAAUGAAGAUUAGACCAGUUUCUGCAUAAGAAAAACCCAAAAACCGUACUUUGGUAGUUGAGACUGGGAGGUGCAUGACAAACCCUCUGGAGUCAAGUCUUCUAUAUUUAGUAAUUUAGGUAACGUGGAUAAAUAUUUAAAAGCACCCUCAUUCCUGCAGGCUUGCUAGCACUCACUGUUUGACCCAUGUUAUGCUCCUUCCUUAGGGGGUGGAGCAAAUUAAUAGUAGUCCAUGAACAACUAAGAUCCUGAACUACUGACAGCUUCACGUAUAACAGCUCAGAGUCGGGAUGUUCACAAGAUGCAGUUGAUGCUAAUGGAAAAAUGCAGAAUAACAGAAGAAAUAAGACUUAAAGUACAUAUACUCAUUUCAUUCAAUCAUUUUAUUCUGAUCUGGGUUUGUGAUGUCACAGCACCCUACAAAUCUGAAUGACACAUUUUCAGGCCAGCUGAUGGGAUUUUUGAGUUUAAAGUCACUUCAGAAACAUAAAUAUAUCCUCUCAAGCAUAGAAACAGUAAUCUUUGCAUCGUCAUUUCCCUUUAAACUACAACCGUAUGGUGAAAAUCAUUGAGGAUUUAGAACACUGACGUCUAAAUGUCUUGAUUUAGUUUGUUAAAACAGACACAUUUCGCCAGGGGUGUCAGGAAAACCUCACUGAGACUGACCCACAAAGCAGGAAUCAUUUAGCAGCUUCAACUGGAAAUGCUGCUGAUGAAGAUGGCACAGAUGAGAAGAUGCUCAAACGGCUCAAAAAAGUCCUAACUGGACUUUCCACGCAGGGAGAAAUGAUAUCUGCACCAAAAAAAAUGACAAGCUUCCAACAUCUGCUCAUUCAUUUCACUGAAAUCUUCAACAGUAUCAGAUGCAGAUAUUAUGCUCAGCAGGUGGGGAGAAGUUUUACUUUAAAAAGUAGUUAUACACUUUAUUAUCAUUUAGAAUUAUUGUCCCAAAGAUGAAGUACCGCUACUCUGGUUUUUAGCGCCAGCUCAUAAUUAUACCAUUUUAAGUACUACAACUAAUCCUAAUGCUUUAACAUCAUCCUGACUCUUUUUUUUUUCUCUUUUGUGUGCCGCUUUUUUGAUUGGGGUUGCUAAACAUGAUGCUACGCUAUUUUUGUCGUCUAUUUUCUUUUGUUUUCUCUUUUCUUGCUGAAAACUCACGUCAUGCCUGCUGGGUAGCCUGUUAAGGUGAUCGGACUAUUCCAUUCACUAAAACUUUUUUUUCCCCUCCCUCUUUCAUGGGCCCCCGGCGGUGUCUGGGGAAGCUGCACCGGUUGCACUGCCGAUAUUUACGCCUGUGCCUU